UUGAGAGAUGUUCAUGACGCUGAGUUAUCUGCUAGACCACAGGGAACCCUGUAUGCUCUGCUCGUAGCUGGCUCAAGUGGAUGGUGGAACUAUCGACACCAGGCUAACGUCGCACACGCCUAUCAAAUGCUAGUAAAAAAAGGAGUUCCUACAGAAAAUAUAAUAGUGAUGAUGUACGACGACGUCGCCAGUAAUCCACAAAACCCAUUUCCUGGGAAACUCUUCAAUCGACCAAAUGGUGAAGAUGUCCACGCUGGACUGGUUGUUGACUACGCUGGCGAUUCGGUAACGAGUAGAAAUUUUAUAAAUGUUCUUCAAGGUAAUUCACAAAAUGUAACGGGUGGGACUGGAAGAGUCAUCGUUAGCCAGUCUACUGACCGUAUCUUCGUAUACUUCGCAGACCACGGUGGAGCAGGUGUGCUUGGCUUUCCAAACGAUCUGCUAACGAAAGGUGCUUUGAACAGAGCACUCCAACAAAUGUACUACAACAAACUCUAUGGUCAAUUAGUAUUCUACCUGGAGUCAUGUGAAAGCGGUUCAAUGUUUGAGGGAACACUGUGGAAAACACUGAACAUAUACGCCAUGACUGCAACGAAUCCUUAUGAGCAAUCAUUCGCCACGUAUUGCGACAAUCACAUGGGCCUACCUUGCCUUGGCGAUCUCUUCUCGGUGAACUGGAUGGAUGACUCCGAAAGGGUACAGUUCCGCCAUAACAUUGAUCUGGAAUCGCUACUAAUGCAAUACGAAGAUGUGAAGAGACAAACAAAUGAAACACAUGUGAUGCGCUACGGUAGCCUCAAAUUUAUAUGCGAACCAGUAAGCUGGUUUGAAGGGAAAGACGAAGAGCCAACACCGACGCCAUUUUCACUGAGAAAUUGCUACUCUGAGGCACGAUAUCCAGGGGCAUCUUGGCCUGCUAGGGAUAUAGAGCUUAUGCAUCUUCAAGAACUGCAAAAAACGACUAACAACAUGGUAGUCUCGGAAGCGCUGAAGCAAAAAAUCACUAAAAUCCAUGAGGAUAGACGCAACAUUGAAGAUCUGUUCAAUCGUCUAGUGAGCAAUAUUCUUCCUAACGCUAACCACAGGAAAGAAAUGAUCGAGGGAAGAGAACCUCUCGAUGAUAUGAAGUGCCAUAACGAUGUGGUAAAGGCUUUCGACUCGAUUUGUAUCGACCUGAACAAGUUCGACUACGCCUUGAAGUACGUCUACGUGCUGAACAAUCUGUGUGUGAGAGGUGAUUCGGUCAAACCCGCAAAUUUCCUAAAUCUUCUCAAGGGUAAUGCACAGAAUGUAACUGGUGGCAGUGGACGCGUCAUUAAUAGCACCGCGAAUGACCGCAUCUUCGUCUACUUCACCGAUCAUGGCGCUGAUGGCAUAGUUUGCUUCCCAGAUGAUGUCUUAUCGCAAGACGAUUUAAACAUGGCGCUUAAUGAAAUGUACGAUGAAAAGCGCUACUAUCAACUAGCAUGUGAAAUAUACGCCAUGACGGCAGCGAAUCCUUACGAGUCAUCGUGGGGCACGUAUUGCGACAAUGACAUGAAUCUACCAUGUCUUGGUGACCUAUUCUCGGUAAACUGGAUGCAAAACUCUAAAGAACGAAAUGCUGUCAAGGACCCAAAGUGCCAUAACGACAUGGUGAAGGCGUUUGACACAAUUUGCAUCGACGUGAACAAGUACAUCUACAUGCUGAACAAUCUGUGCACGAAAAUCGGUGUUUCGGAGAAGAUCAUUAAUGCGAUGCACACGACUUGUUCAAGUGCUGGAAAACAAUACCUGUAG